GACUAAAGAUCGACUUUGACUUAACGAUAAACCAUUCAUGAUUCAUCCCACCAAAUUCCAAACAUUUCCCCAAGUUUCCGGUCACCACUUUCCGCCCUUUCAGAACAACCCCCAAUCCCCACACAGACUCACACACUAACCGCUUGCCUCUCUGAAAAUGGGUUGGCUAUGGUGGAUUUCAGCUCUCUUCUUCUUCUUCCUCUUCCCCCUUACCUCCCUUUCAACGUCGUACACCUCUGAUCUCUUCCGACAAUGGUGCCAACAACACGGGAAAUCCUAUUCCACCGAAGAAGAGAAUCUCUACAGGUUCAAUGUUUUCGAAGACAACUACGCUUACAUUAUUCGUCACAACAGUAAUUCCAAUUCUUCUUAUACGCUUUCUCUCAAUUCCUUUGCCGAUCUCACUCACCACGAGUUCAAACUUGCUCGAUUACGCGGCCUCUCCGCUUCUGCUGCUUCCGAUGAUCUGAUUAGGCUUAAUCGCGGUAGUUCGUUGAUUGAAUCAUCCAGUUAUUUACCUAAAUCUUUGGAUUGGAGAGAUAAAGGAGCAGUUACUAAUGUCAAAGAUCAAGGGAGUUGUGGUGCAUGCUGGUCAUUCUCAGCCACAGGGGCAAUGGAAGGAAUCAAUCAAAUCGUAACAGGAUCCCUCAUCAGCCUUUCUGAACAGGAGCUGGUUGAUUGUGACAAAAGCUUCAACAGUGGCUGUGAGGGUGGACUCAUGGAUUACGCCUAUGAAUUUGUAAUAAAAAACAAAGGAAUUGAUACUGAAGAUGAUUACCCAUAUCAAGCCAAACAAACUUCUUGCAAUAAAAACAAAAGAAAGAGAAACAUUGUCACCAUUGAUGGUUACAAUGAUAUUCCUGAAAACAACGAAGAUCAGCUACUUAAAGCUGUUGCAAAUCAACCUGUGAGUGUGGGUAUAUGUGGAAGUGAAAGAGCCUUUCAGUUAUACUCAAAGGGGAUAUUCACGGGGCCAUGUUCAACUGCUUUAGACCAUGCAGUGUUAAUAGUUGGAUACGAUUCAAAAGAUGGAGUUGAUUACUGGAUUAUAAAGAACUCAUGGGGAAACUCAUGGGGGAUAAAUGGUUACAUGUAUAUGGCACGUAAUACAGGGGAUUCACAUGGUCUAUGUGGGAUCAACAUGCUUGCUUCUUACCCAAUCAAAACUAGCCCUAAUCCACCUCCUUCACCUACCCCAAAACCAGUUAAAUGUAAUCUGUUUUCAUGGUGUAGUGAAGGUGAAACAUGUUGUUGUGCUUCAAAUUUUCUUGGGAUUUGCUUGAAAUGGACUUGCUGUGAGUUGAAUGCUGCUGUAUGCUGUAAGGAUCAUCGCCAUUGUUGCCCUUCUGAUUAUCCCAUUUGUGAUUCUGAAAGAAACUUGUGUCUCAAGCAAACAAACAAUGGUACGUUAGCAAUACAGCCCAAGAAGAACAGCGAUUCUGGCAACUCAGGUGGCCGGAGUACCCUCCAUAAGCAAUACUUUUAAAGGUGAUGAUGGAAGAAUUUUUGCUCUAAAUUAUUCGGAUUCAUUGUAGAUUCUGAAUAUGUAUCAAAACGAUUUGUAAAGCAGAGAAUAAUUUCACUACUAUUUAUCAGAAUCUUUACAAUAUAAA